GUUCGUUGUUGCCCAGUUUUUGAUUCCCCUUCAUCGGAAAUUCGGUGACCUAUUAGUAAUAUUAGCAUGGCUAGCAAUGAUGAUCUUGGGCAAGAGCUUUUCCGUGAUCUUUGCAGCCAUGACAGUGACAACGAGCGCAUACUACAGAAGUGCAGUAUGACAGUGGAGGGACCAUUGCUGUACUGCACAAUACACAACUCAACUGUGCUUCAUUUGGCAUGCUCCUUCAGAAAAUUUGAGCUAGCAAUGAGUCUACUGGACUCCAUGGAUGCUAUCAGAUUAAGCUUGCUACCUGAUCGAACAAAUGCUUGGGGCGACACUGUUCUCCACAAUGCGGCCACUACCAACAAAGGAAUCGAUUUUGUGAAGAGGCUGUUAAGACGAAUACCCGAUUUGCUUUGCAAACGCAAUGAGCAUGAUGAAUCUUGCGUCUUUUAUGCUAUCCGAUAUGGCAAGCAGGAAAUGUUUAAGUUUCUUGCACAUCAAGUAGAUAAAUUAUGUCAAUCAAACAAACAAUAUAACCACCUUCAUUUCUUUCAGAAUAAAGACAACACUACAAUCCUUCACAUGGCUAUCCUCACAACACAAUUUGACGUUGCAUUUACGAUAGCAGAGAGAUAUCCAGAACUAUGUAAUCUUAAAGAUAAAAGUCAGAUAAGUGCCCUACAAAUGCUUGCAUGCACUCCAACAGCUUUCAAAAGUGGAGCUACAUUAGGGCCAGUAAAGGAAUUUCUUUACUCAGUUGUACCAACUGAUGAACAGGACACAAUUGGAGACGUUGGCAUAAUUGGUAGGGCAAUUAAAUUCAUAUUAAGCUCCUGCUGCCAAGGCAAUUCGUGCUUUGUCUUUCCCCUUAUAGAUGAAAUUAGUAAGUUAAAGAAGAGCAACCAGGAUGCAGUCAAACUUGCCAAGAUUUUAAUCAAGUCAGAUACUUCUUGGAGGCAAACGUACAAGCCACGAGCUGAGAUAACUCCCGUUAUCACAAAUACUGAUGCUCAUCAUACUCAGAAAUCUGUUGAAGAUGAUGAACACAUUGUUGCGAUAUCAGAUGCUUCUGAAGACCAUACAGUUCCUGUUAUGUUGGACAUUCCAUUAUCAGACAUAGAUCCUGUUAACAAGUCAGUAAAUCAAAGAAAAAAAGGUAAAAGACAAGGAAUUUUGGAGUGUGAUGAAGCUCCAGUGCUUUUGGCUGCUCGAAAUGGUUGUAUCGAGAUUGUUGAAGCGACACUUGACAUGUUUCCACAGGCCGUAGACUACCUAAACCAUGAUCAAGAAAAUAUGUUACAUGUCGCAAUUAAGAGUCGCAACUUUAAGAUUUUAGAUUUUAUAGAGAAAAAACCAUAUCUACGAGGACUAGUAAGAGCUGUUGACAGAAACAAUAAUUUGAUACUUCACAUGAUCGGAUGCCCACCCAGUCGAGGGGAAGUUUCUCCAAGUUCAAAAAUGAAAAGUCCAGUCAUGGAGUUGUCCGAGGAACUGUUAUUAAUGGAGAGGUUAGAAGCGUUGUGUCCAAAUUAUCUUAUAAAUCACCGCAAUAAGCAAAAGAAGACUGCGCGUGAACUAUUUGCCGCGGAGAAAGAAAAACUACGUGUUGAGGCCAAAGAAUGGCUAAAGCGCACAGCCGAACACUGCACUGUUGUUAUCAUUCUUAUUGCCACCGUAGCCUUUGCUGCUGCUUACACAGUACCAGGGGGUCCAGAUGAAACAGGCUUCCCAAUCCUAGUUCAUCAUCCUUUGUUUAUAAUUUUUGCAAUCACAGAUGUGCUUUCCCUGGGAUUUGCUUUGACAGCAGUCGUAGUUUUUCUCACCAUACUAACCUCACCUUAUCGAUUGAAUGACUUCCGACGGUCACUUCCACAAAAGUUAUGGCUUGGUUUUACACUUCUCUUCCUGUCAGUCUCCAUGAUGAUGGUUGCAUUCGCAGCAACAAUUAUUCUCAUGAUACAUAGCAAGGAGCGGUGGACCAAGAUCGCUCUAUAUAUAAUUGCCUUCUUCCCUAUCCUUCUAUUUAUGUUAUCUUAUGUCCCUAUUUAUACAAACCUUUUAAAAACUUUUAACUACUGGAUCAAAAAGUCUACUAAGUCUCUUCUUAGGCCUACCUUCAGUUCAAGACGUCUAUUCCUAAAACAUUUUCGUUCCAGAGCGUGUGGUUUUGAACCUUAAGUAGUUCUUGUAAGAUAAGGACAGUUAUUAUAAGACUCAAACUAGCUAUCGUCCAAUGUGUUCUUUACCACUACUCUCUUUGGGGAGGUUAUUAACAUGUAAUUUGUUCCCAAAACAAUGUAUUAGCAUGUAAAAAAAGUUGCCAAAUGCAUUAAAAUAAAAUGUUUAUCAUGUUGCUUUUACAUAGAUAUUGGCCUUUUAGGUUUUGAUGAUGACUACACUUAAUGCAAACGACUGUAUUAUAGAGAUUGUGUGCAGGUCGAUAUCCGGUAUUGAUAACGAUUGUUGAUAGUGCCUACGAAUUG